UGGUAGUGGCACAUGAUACAACCAUUGAGAGAGACGUUGAGCUUUUACUGAUGGCCUGGCAUGCAAAAAAGGCUGAAUGCUAGAGAUGGAUUAUUUAAUUUGAUUUAAGACAACUAAUUAAACUUGCAGAUUUCUGGUAAAUUUCAUGGAUUUUUAAUACAUCAGUUGCUGCCAUGGGUAACAUGCGACUGCUUUUGGAAAUCAGCUUACUAUAUUUUUUGCAAGGCGUCCCGUAUGGCAUGCAAACGAAAUACAUUCCUUUGAUAAUGAGGAGAAGAGGAAUCGGUCUUUCUACAAUUGGUCUGUCAAAUCUAAUCAGUUUGCCAUGGAUUUUGAAAUUCUCGUGGGCAAAUUUCUUUGACAGAUUUGCAAACACAGGAAGAGAAUGGGUUGUGACCUGCCUAUGUUUGCUCUCAUUUUGCUGCCUCUUUUUGGAUCUAAACUCAAGUAGCUCGUUGUUUUUACUCCCAUUGAUCUUUAUGAAUUUCUUAUCUGCAUCUUUGGACAUAGCAGUUGAUGCCUUAGCCAUCAAAAAAUUUGAUGCAAAGGAUCUAGGUUAUUGCAAUAUUUGCCAUGUGGUUGGAUACAAAAUUGGAAUUCUAUUUGCUGGUGGAUUUUUGACAGCUUUGAGUCACUAUAUAAGUCUGCCUCAAUUCAUAUAUUUUCAAAGUUUGGUUUAUGGCUUGGCUGCAAUUUAUUUUGCGAAAAAAUCAGACUUGUUUAAUUCAAAGAGUGGAUUUAAAUCAAAGCAUAACCAUCAAAAUAAUUCUCAGUACACAAGUUGGAAGUCAUUUUCCGUAUUAUUUGGAAAUAACCAAUUAUGGAUUCUGGUUUUUGUGUUCUUUUACAAAAUGGGAGAGCAAGGGUUCACUUCAAUGUAUCCCCUUUAUCUCAUUGAUAACGGUCUUAGUUUGAGUCGUGUGGGGAUGGUGACUGGAAUUUUUGGUCAGCUUUUCUCCAUAUUUGGAUCAUCUAUGGGUGGUAUACUUAUUUCAAAAUUCAGGUAAAUUCUAUUUUUGCUAUUUAUUUUUUUCCAUCAUAUUAGAUAUAGGACAUAUUCUUUAUCUGUGAUUCUGAGGGUCUGCAAUUCAUGCUGAGUUGGGCUUAAUUGACAAAGCCAACUGGCUGUAACUCAAUAUGAUGUUAACUGUGACUUGCCAUUUUAAAAUGCUGUUGCCUCUGUAAAGAUUUAGAAUGUACCAGGCUGGGUAUAAAACUUGUGGCAAGAUUUGUAGAUUUGUUGUGAGAUUCAUGUGUAAAUCUUGUUCAGGGUAAAACUUUGAUUUAUGACCGUUUAUCGUGCAUGCAAAUGCUGCAUUGAUUUUUCAAUAAUUUCU